AUGAGAUUCAGGCUGAUCCGUCAGACGCUCCUCAUCUUCUUCCAAGACCUGCACGUCCGGGUGUCCAUAUUUCUGAAGGACAAAGUUCAGAACUCGAAUGGCCGCUUCGUGUUGCCAGUGUCCAGGCCUGUUCCCUGGGGGACUGAAGUUCCUGGACUCAUCAGAAUGUUCAACCACAAAGGUGAAGAAGUGAAGAAGAUAAAGUUCAAGCAUGGUGGAAACUAUGUCACUGCAACCAAAGAAGGUUCCUUUGAACUUUAUGGAGACCGAGUCCUGAAACUAGGAACUGACAUGUACAGCCUGAAUCGGCCCGUGGACACCCAGACGUCUGGAGCAUCAAAGAACUCCGCCUCGCGAGCACAGGAGAACAUCGCUCCAGAUCCGCUUGCUAAAGAAGAGCUGAAUUUCCUGGCCAGGCUGAUGGGAGGGAUGGGGAUUAAGAACCCCAGUGGCCCCGAGCCAGGAUUCCGAUUGAAUCUGUUUACCACCGAUGAAGAAGAGGAACAGGCAGCCCUAACCAAGCCAGAAGAGUUAGACAACAAAGUCAUCAACAUACAAGCUACGCAGGACCAGCAACGGAGCGAGGAGCUGGCCAGGAUCCUGGGGGAGCUGGAGGUCACUGACCAGCCGAGGUGGAGCACCAGCAAGGGGGACGACCUGCUGGCGAUGAUGGAUGAGUUGUAGCUGCGCCGACCCGGCACGCCCCUCU